AGAGUACAUGGGCAGAGGAAAGAUGGCUGCUUCGGCGAACGUUACGCCGGAGAACCAAUACUUCUACGAGGAUGUUGUCUACCGCGUGGACAAGCGGGGUAAUGUUGUCUUCGGCAUCGUCAUGGAGAAUGACGAUCAGGACAUGUCCGAGGAGAGCUCCGACAGCGAGGAGAGCCCACCGAAGCGUAAGAAGGGCGAGAUCCGUAUGAUCUGGCAUCCGUCCGGCGUCGACGAGUUGGUCAACUGUAAGAAGGUUCAUCUGGCCGACAGAACGCUCAUGCCAGGAGAUGUGGUGCGCAGGAUGAUCAAGGGAAAGGAUACACAGAGGGGCUACUGCAGGGACAAGGAACUGACCGCCUGUGUGCAGGUGAUUGGCACGAAGCAGGUGCUUACGGACAUCAAGAGCGAAGAUCUCAUCCCGCUGCAAGAAUUUGCAACAGAUAUGGCGGUCUGCAUGGACUCGUGGGUCGGUGGCAUCAGAAUGACGCACUUCAAAUUGUGGCUCGUAACACCGGACGGAUCGCACUGUGUUAUAAAUGAGAUGGAUUCCUGUGUGUUGGGCCAGUUGGAGGAGACACGCGACAAUGAUAACGAUUUUCCACACUCGGAAUUCUAUCCUGGUCAGAGUCUGUGCGGGCCGGUUCACUGUCUGGAGGAGGCACAGUGGAUCCAGUGCACGAAGGAAAUGAAGGCAAAGAGGAAACUGAAGCCGCAGAAGGUAACGAAAGUAAUCGUGGAGAAAGUGGAGACCGAUUGGGUCGGCGUGCAUUGGCAGUGCCGAGCGUAUUCGAAAGACGGCGCUUGGUCCGGUCAUCAGGCUCAGCCAAAGUUCGUGGUCGAGGGUGAGGACCUGAAGAAGCUGAAAUUGCUGAAUGUGUUCGAGCCGUCGACGGUGCAGGUCGGCGAUCGCAAUUUUUAUAUCAUCAAGGGCAACGAAAACGUUAUCACGCGGGAGCAGUGGCGGAAACAGCAGCGGGAUGUCUACCAAGUUCCUAAGCAAAGUCCGAAGAAGACUCGCCCGAACAUUACGGUGACGAAAUUGCCGGACGAUAAGAAGAAGGAACAGAAGAAGCCCGAUAAACAAUCGGCGGAGGACAGCAGCCAGAAUAAUGGUGUUCAUUCGCAAGAUACUACGGGCAAUAACACUUUGAUGCCACCACCGCAUAAUCAGCAUGCCGAGAGCUCGGACGAGUGGGAUACCGAGGAUACGACGGGUUCGCAAAGCGAUACCGCUUCGGUCUCUAGCGGCUGCUCUAGUAUGUCGUCAAUGGGAAAGAAAAAAAAAGGUCCUGCAUUGAUGACGAAAGUGCUGAAGAAAAAGAAGUUGCGCAAAGCGAAAAAGAAAGUGCCGCCUGUCCCAUUAAUUCCCGGGACUAAGAUAGUCGUAGAAACGUUGUCCACUAAUACGAAAGCAAACGUGGUGUGGCAAGAUGGCUCAGUAGAAUUUGGCAUACCGUCAACACAAUUGUAUCCAAUUCAUCAUCUGGAUGACAAGGAAUUUUUCCCGGGCGAUUUCGUAGUAGACCAAAAUGAAGAGUCUAGAAUGUACGGUGUUGUACAAAGCGUUGAUCAUCAGGGCCGUACUGCCAAGAUAAAGUGGUUUAGAACAUAUACUUCUAGUCAAAAUCCAGAACCGACUUUUCUGGAGGAGCGUGAGGUGAGCGUGUACGAUUUGAAGGACCACCCGGAUUUCCAGUAUAGACCCGGUACCCUGGUGAUUCGAAUAGCGAAUUUCGAGGGCGAAGACGCCGGAUGCACCGCCGGUCAAGUCCUGGAUAAUUAUCCGGAGGGGCGUGUGAAAGUGUGGUGGGUCGACAGCCACAUCAGCAUGUGCUGGCCACAGGAUUUAUACAAGGUCAGCGAAUACGACAGCGACGAGGGGGAACCGUGGGACGACGUAUCGUCCGAUUCCUCGUGGGAGACGGAACUGGAGGACUGCUUCAUCGCCGAUAACGACGGUACGGAACAGACGGAAUUCGAGAACAUAAAGCCAAAGUUAGCGGCGCACAUCGAGAAGGCUAGGAUCGCGAUGUCGAGGCUGGAGGAGAUCUUCACACAGAACCCAUCGCUGCAAACGACCGAGGUGAUGAGAAAACUCCUCGAAGUCUACAAGGAUUGCCGUUACAUGGACAAACUGAUGGGCACCUCGUUCUUCCACGAGUGCCACUUCCAGGGGCUCCUCGAACGAGUGAGGGAACGCGGUAGAGCGAACGUUGCGCAACGCAUGGCGGAUCAAGUGACGAGGCUCUUCACGCCCAAAUCCGAGUGCCCGGAAGAAUCGAUAAAUGACGAUAACGUGAAGAGUACGAGCAACGACGGUGAUCAAUGUGCCGCGGGCACACCGGAGAAACAAGCUGUUACGAUCAUCGGCAGAUCUGAGACUGACAAUAUUACCAGAAUCGAGAAUAAUAGCAAGAAACAGAGCGAGGAGCAGAACGCGGAGGAGGAGUCUGUAAAUCGGUUAUUCAUACGACCGAAUAAUCCUAAUCCCGAGGAUUCCGGUCUGUACUCGGCGGAAAACUCGAAGAAGGAAUCGGGCUCGAGCGAGUCCAGUGGCGAGUUCCUCAUGAGCGAAGACGUCAAUAACGUGCCGGAAGGCUCAUCCACGACGAACGAUACAGCUCCGCCCGAAGAAGAGAAGAAGAUCGAAGUUAGUAGGGUGAAGAAAGUGCCGACGAGUCUCACGACUUCUCAGAACAUUGGGACGUCGCACGUGUGUGUCAAACUGUGUAACCUGAUAAAGGCGCAGCUCGUGCUGGCGCACGGCGAGGUGUCCAAGCGAUUCGGUCUGGGCAAGAUGUCACUAUCGGACGCGGAGAAGACCUCGUCGCCGCAGAAGAAGCAGAAGGAGGAGGAACACGUGGAAGUGAUGACAGAGCCAUCCGAGUGCUCGAUCGAGAUCCCACCGCCGGUUUACACCGAAUUACACGAGGGCUUCUCCAUAGAGGAGACCGCGCCCGAUUGCCACAAGUUCAAGCUGACCAUGUUCCAGCCCACCGAUCCGACGAACUUCUUCAGGACAGUCUCCAAGGAAUUGAAACUGCUGAAGAGCUCGCUUCCGCCGGGCGUGUGGGUGAAAGGAUUCGAAGACCGCAUAGACCUGUAUUCCGUGAUGUUCUGUGGGCCUGAGAAGACGCCCUACGAGGAUGGCCUUUUCCUUUUCGACUUUCAGUUGUCUGCUGACUAUCCGGCUGCGCCGCCGCUCUGCCACUACAUCUCUUACUGCAGCGACCGACUGAAUCCGAAUCUCUAUGAGGACGGGAAGGUGUGCGUGAGUUUGCUGGGUACCUGGUCUGGUCGCGGCACGGAGGUGUGGACGAGCUCGUCCACCCUGCUGCAGGUGAUCGUUUCGAUACAGGGUCUGAUUCUCGUGAGCGAGCCGUAUUUCAACGAAGCCGGAUUCGAGAAGCAGAAGGGCUCGCAACAGGGACACGAGAACUCGAGGAUGUACAACGAGAUGGUGGUGCUAAAACUGGUACAGGCGCAGACCAAGCUACUGCUGCAUCCGCCGCUCGUAUUCAAGAGCAUUAUCAUCACGCACUUCAAGAAACAUGCCGAAAAGUUGUUACAGAGGCUGGAACUGUGGAUGGAGAUAUCCGAGAAGCAUAAUAAUCAGCAUCCGCUGUCGCCAGUCACUCCCACCACGUUUAAAAAGAUUACCGAUGAGAUUGAUGAAAAGGUGUUGCCCGAAUUUCCGCUCAUCCCGGCAUCCCGAGGUUUCUGCAUAACUCUUCGCAAGACUCUAGCGACGUUCAAGCAAGUGCUCAUUAAGGAAAAUAUAAUGCAGCGACCGAGUGAAUGGCAGGACAGUGAAAACGCUAUGGAGUUAACGAACGGUAUCGCCAAUGAGUGCCAAGAAUCUGCCAGAUCUGUCGACAGUAAAGUAGCGGCGGAACAUAACGAGAGCAGUGACGGCAAUAGGCAGGAAAGUAGCAAGAAGCCGACCCCGAGCAGCAAUCAAUCCACGAAGGAAGCGAUGUCACCUUUCGCAACGAAUGGUUUCGCGGUGGCGCCGAGCGAAACGAAAAAAAGUACUUCGAGCCAAAACACCAGCUAGCCACAAGGUAAAAGUAAGCAUAAGUCGAAAAGCUUAGCUCGUUUAAAUUGUGCGAUUAUUCGGUAAUAUUCCAAUAAUUUAUCGAAAUUUCGAAUCACAUAUACACACGCUAAUAUAUAUAUACACACACACAUACGUACACUGGCGAUGCGUAUCUAUCGAUAAUAACAAUAAUUCGAUAAUCCUUAAACAGAAACGUCAGCGACAGACAGAGAAGGAGAGUCGUUACUCCGCAACUAGAGACAAUUAUUGUUCCGAGAGUAAUAGCGACACGUGAAAGCGCAAUCAUAUUGGCACGUAUGAACAGAGGAACUCAAUCUUGCGACUCGCAUCCACACGAUUUCGUAUACUAUCGAGACGAACUGUACAAUUGUUGCGUUAAUAUUCGGCAUCGAGACACUGAAACAUGAGAAAGAAGGGAAGAAAACCUAUGUAAUAUUUCCUGCAUUUAAUUACAUACUUCGUAAGCGAGGUUGUUGCGUUGUCUGUCACGGAGUAAGAAAUUAGCUCGAAUGAUUGAUUUAACGAGAAGCAGAUGCAUCUGUUACGUAGAGCGAGGAGGAGUCAAGUGGGAUUUGCCAUUCUGUAAAAAGAGAGAAGAGAAACGAAAAAGAUGGAGGCGGCAGAUGAAGACCAGUAGCAAUGUAAACGUCGAUACUAACGGGGGAGACACUUUGCAAUAGCGUGAUAAUAAUACGUUAAUUCUACGCAGCACAUUUUCAUGAUCGCACUUUCAACGAUCGUUGCAACGGUUAUUUCUCCUGCCUCCAUCGAGCUAUAACUUGAAGUUACUAAUGCCAUCCAAGUAUUACGAGAUACUCUCACGCGAAACUUUUUUUUUAUGAAGUGAUUUUAAUCGCAGGCGUCUAUAGGGCAUAAUUUAGGGAAAACAAAAAUCCAUAUAUAGAUGAGAUCUACGACGGCUAUAUGGCCAAGUAACAGUCCAGUGUGUUACGGAUUUUCUUAGCGUAGCUUGUAAAAGCAUAGGGAUUAGAGAGAAACGCGUUACUCUUUCGUUGCUGAAAUUUUCCACGCAUUCGGAGAUGGAUUUCCUCUCCAUUCCUGUUGUUUUUCUAGGUAUAGCCGCGAGGAAGAACUGAUUCGAGUAUAUUCAUCGUUCUAAUAAUUACUAUUAUUAUUAUUAUUUAGUAGCUAAUGAUUAAAGUGCACCAUAAACAGUGUAUAACAGUAUUAUUUAUUUAAUUUCUUUAAUUUCUAGCGUAUUCAGGAAUUAGGAAGCUGUUUCUCGUAGACCUAUGUUUAUACCGAUACACAUGUGAAAAGAUAACCGGAUCAAAAAGAAGGAUUAAAAAAAGAGGCUUUCAGAUUGAUUAAGAGCCAUGGAGCGUUCAAAUUUUUAGUCCGAGCAAUUGCUUUCUUUUUUGUUAUCUUUCUUUUAUAAUAUUUCAAACAAGAAAAAGACGUGCGUAUCCGCAACUGUUUAAUAGUAAUUAGCUUACAUGCGCUGAAUCUUUAUAUGUCGAUCGAUCGUUUUGUCUCGCUCAGCAAAGGACGGAAAGGAAGACUCUUCGAGAGAGUAUGGUGCUGAUGAGCGAAUUGCGACAAGAGACGUCUACAAGACGUCUCUGGAAAGCUUACAAGCUUGUGGUUCUUAUCAAAAGCGUAGAGAAGUGUGCUGAUAUAAUGAAAAACCGCCGAAACGUGAGACUUGUGGAAUGCCUUGUAUAUGUGCCAGUUGUAUUUAUAUUAAUUGCAAUAAUUACAUUCGUAAGUUGUGUUCGAAGCUUUAUUUCACGUCGCACUUCUUCGAAAGUGAACGAGGAGAAGAGAGAGAGAAAAAAAGAGAAGUGUAUAAUAAAAGGAGGUCGGCAAAUUGAGCGAAUUGCUAUAAUCGCGUCGUUGCUAACCGUUUCGAGAACGUAAAAGAAAGAAAAAAAUGCAUAUAUAUAUUCUAGUCUAGUGCGAAGUUGUACGAUGAAUUUUUGUAUUUAAUUUAUUUCUAAUUAAUUUUUAUUUUUUCAUUCAUUCUCGGGGAUUACUCUUCCUGUCCUUCCCCUUCGCUCUCUCAUUCGUUAUCGUUUUUUUUAUUCUCAUUAUAUAUUUAUUUAAAUAUUAAAUGCUAUUCAAGAUUGAAGAAUGAAUCCUCCCUUAGCGGAGUCAUCAUUUUAUGUCUGUAAAAAAGUUCUGUUGAAAAAGGCAUCCAUUGAGCUCAAUCCAUCGUUUGCUUCUUCGUUUUACUGCGUUGGCGUCGAUCGAAUCGCAACUGCAACGAUUCUGUGAGAAAAGUUCCAUAAAAAAGUUGAUAGUUUAUUACAGAUGUGUAACUUGCAAUUUCCUUAAUUUUAAAUCAAUAAAAAGUCAUUAGAGGAUC